AUGAGGAAGUGCCCCGGGAGGGCGAAACGCAGCCGGGAGGACAGCCCCGACCGGGCGUGCAUCACGCUGGUGCGGGCGACGCUGCUGCCCAUCCUGAGCAUCGACAAAAAUGAAAAGACGACGCUGUUCCACCCCUUCAAGAGUCCCCUCCCGGGGUUCGUCAGCGACAGGCGCCUCUAUGUGCAGAAGACCCUAGGCGCAAAGGUCAGGCGAACGGGGUGGCUGAACCUGAUGAAGAACUCCAUUCCGAGGCGGUCGGACGAAGCGGAAGCGAGUGAGCAGAACAAAGCAGAUGAGAUAAAAAACGAGUUUGUGCCGCUCAUCCUGUAUGAAAGUGAAAAUAGCAAAGUGGAGGUGGAUCCCAUAUUGGCUCAAUUUCUUAGGGAACACCAACGAGAGGGAGUCACCUUCGUCUUCGAAUGCUUAAUGAAUCUAAGGGACGAUAGGAUAAGCGGGUGCAUCUUGGCAGAUGACAUGGGGUUGGGGAAAACGCUCCAAAGCAUUUCUGUCUUAUACACCCUACUGAAGCAGGGGAUAGAUAAGAAGCCAGCCGUUAGGAGGUGCCUCAUUCUAUGCCCAGCUAGUUUGAUCAACAACUGGAAUGACGAAAUUAAUAAGUGGCUCCCUGGCAGAUGCAACGUCACCUGCGUUAAUGAUAAUGCGAAGGAGAAAAUUGUGAGCAAAUUGGAGGGGUUCAAAUACGACCAGAAAUCUACAGUCAUCAUAUGCUCCUAUGAAUGCUUCCGCAUAAAUAACGACUCGUUGGACAAAUCGUCGAUUGAUAUGAUCAUCUGUGAUGAGGCACACCGAUUGAAGAAUGAUAAGACGAAGACGUAUAUGAGCAUUUAUAAGUUGGCUGCUCGGAAGAGACUCCUCCUCUCGGGUACUCCAAUUCAAAACGAUUUAAGUGAAUUUUUCGCGCUCAUCUCUUUGUGCAACCCAGAUCUCUUUGAUGAUACGAACUCGUUUAGGAAGAAAUAUGCCAACCCUAUUUUGAUUGGGAGAGACAAGGACGCCACGGAGAAAGAGCAAGAAGUGGCAUCGGAGCGACUAGCCGAACUGUCAACGAUUACUAAUAAGUUUAUCCUCAGGCGGACCAACAAUCUGCUCUCCAAGGUCCUCCCCGUGAAAUACCUUAUUAACAUCUUUAUUAAGCUGAACCCCAUCCAGGAGGCCUUAUACGUCUUAUUCCUGAAGGACAAGCGGAUUCUGAAGAAUGAGCAGAGCACCAAUAAGGUGAACGUGCUCAUCAAUAUUAAGAAGCUGGAGAAAAUCUGCAACCACCCGCUGCUCCUCAACCCCAACGAUAUGAAGGACGUCGGCCACGUGUCGCUCGCUAAACUCAUUGAGGACGCGGCGAAGCAGCAUCAGGGGAAGCGGCAGGCGAAGCAGGAGAAGGCGGAGAGGACGGAGAAGCCACCCCUGGAAGGACACCCACAGGGGGACCGCGAUCGAGACCGCGACCGAGAGCGCGACCGCGACCGCCGAAGAGCCGUCGAAAUGGACUACGACAAGCCGGUGAAGAAGCUCCUGGAGGAGUGCAGGCGAGACACGCACAGAUGCUACUACAACAUGUCGUGCAAAUUCCAGCUGCUCCACUUCCUCCUGAAAACCAUUAAGCAGAACACCACCGACAAGGUAGUCAUCGUAAGCAACUACACACAGACACUAGAUUAUAUGGAAAUUCUGUGCAAAGAAAAUUUCUAUAAAUUCGUUCGCCUAGAUGGAGGCAUCAGCAUCAAGAAAAGGCACAAAGUCAUUAGCGACUUCACACAUUCUUCUGACAUUUUUAUAUUCCUUCUUUCGUCCAAAUCUGGAGGGUGCGGCAUCAACCUGAUCAGCUCCAACCGCCUCAUCCUGCUGGACCCCGACUGGAACCCCGCCAAUGAUAAGCAGGCUCUUGCCAGGGUGUGGAGAGAAGGGCAGAAGAAAAUCUGCUACAUCUAUAGGCUCUUCUGCACAGGCACCAUUGAUGAGAAGGUAUACCAAAGACAGAUUAGCAAAGAUGGGCUCUCCUCCAUGAUUGUGACGAAUACAAAUUUCUCCAAAGAUCAACUGUCGGAUGAAAAUGUAAAAAAACUUUUUAAUUACAAAAUGAAUACCCUUUGUGAGACCCAUGAUAACAUUGAAUGCACUAGGUGCACUAUCAGAAACAGCACCGAGAAAGAGGUAGAAAACUUCUCGGAGCAACUGGAAGAUUUUGAGGAAGAGGAUGUGAACACUUGGGCGCACCACCAAAAUGUGGAGAGCGUCCCGGAUGAAAUUCUAGCCAAGGCGGUCAAGGCCGCCACGGAUUAUAAGCGAAACGAUAUGAAUAACUUCCCCGUUUUGAAGAAGCUCUCCGACCUGUUCGUCACCUUUGCGAUGAGCUGCAAGAUUGAGUUUAGGGACGAUCUCAUAAAGCAGAAGGCGCAAAAAGCGCAGAAGGGGGAGCGGACGUGCAGGCCGGGUGCAGCGGCGGACGGCCCGGUGGAGCAGGACGAGGAGGCGGACUACGAGGGGGAGGACGAGGAGGAGGAAGAAGAGGAAGAGGAAGAGGAGGAAGAGGAAGAGGAAGAGGAAGAGGAGGAGGAAGAGGAGGAAGAAGAGGAAGAGGAGGAAGAAGAGGAGGGCGACGAAGCCGAAGAAGAGGAUGACGAAGAUGAUGAAGCGGAGGAGGAGGACGCCCCGCCCAAGCGCGCCGACAAAACGAGCAAACUGGAGUACCAGCACAAACUGAUGGAGAUCAUGGAAUACCAGCGCGCGCGAAGAAGGGAGAAGGGCGCGGGGGAGGCCAGGAAGAGGUCCGAUGAGGGCGAAGGGAAGCGGGACGGCGGAGCGAAGCGGGAAGGUGCAGCGAAGCUGGAAGACGGGGCCAAGCGGGAGGAUGGAACCACGCGGGAGGAUGGAGCCACCCGGGAGGACGCUCAGCAGCAGGCGCCGAGGGAGACGCCAAGGGAGACGCCGAGGGAGACGCAGCCUGGCCAGAAGCAAGACGCCAAAGUGAGCGGCAAGGCCAAAUCGCAAGAAGGUGCAGGCGAAGAGGAGGACCCCGCCUCCAAGAGAGUCACCCGAAACAUGAGUCAGAAGAACUUGAUGGAGCUCCUCUCGCAGGAUGAGGAGUCCAAGGUGACUCUCUCCAUGUCGGAGGACCCGGACGCGGAUGCGGACGCCUCCGUGGAGAACGUCAGCACGGACAGUUCCUACUUCAUAUGA